UCCAGUGCAAGUUUCUCAAGUUUAAAAACGAAUAUAGCAAAAGAAAAAUGUGGAAUUAAUUUGUGCUUCACCCAGCUGGAAUCUGCCGAGAAAAAAAUUGGAAGAUCGUAUCUAAGCGUCAAAAUUAUGAUUAUUAUGAUAAAAAAAUACAAUCGGAACGAUGGCGGAUUUCGGUGAAUUUUGGAAGUUGGGCUGAAACACGUCCAACUGGUGGAAUAUACCUGGUAACAAGGAGCACCUAAAAGACGUUUUCGAAGAUAUGCACGUCUCGCAGAUGACACAUAACCUUCUUGGAAUUUAUUUGACAAUCACAGGAAUUGUCGGUUUGAUCGCCAAUUUUGUUGUGUUGGGCAUGUUUUACCGUACACCAGGCCGGCUCUCACCAUCCUCGAUGGUUUUGUUGAACCUCACGGUCUCUGACAUUUGCAUCUUGCUUCUUGGGUUUCCCAUCCAUACGGUGGUUAACUUUGCUGGAAGGUGGUCGUUCGGUGAUGUCGGUUGCGUUUUAUACGUUUUUUUUGGGUUUCUGUUUGGAACUGUUCAUAUUGGCACGCUUUCUGUACUUUCGUAUGAACAAUACCGCGCUAUAUCAGAGAUAAAACCAGAUGCAGUGCCCACGCAGAAGUACCUGGAUCGUUUACAUCGCCGUUACGUCAUCUAUAUCACGUUCAUCUGGGUAUUUGCCGUCUUCUGGGCGCUUUUGCCAGUCAUCGGAUGGAGCAAGUACUAUUAUGAGCCCUAUGGGACUGCGUGCACCAUCGACUGGCAGCAUAACAGCGCGAGAUUCAAGUCGUAUAUUAUAGCCUAUUUCAUUGGCGGCUAUAUGUUACCAUUUGGUUUAAUGGUCUACUCUUAUGCAAAAAUAGUUUUCAUGAAGCGCGCUUGCCGAAUCGUUAAUCGACGACAGCUUUAGUUCCAAAGCGAUAUCAUUGCGUCACUCAAGCAAAUCCAAAAAGAAGAUCUUACAUGGGAAUAUGCGUAAAGGGAUGAUGGGCACGCUUAACAAAGUGACAUUUUCGCCGGCUGCACACAUGAAGGACAUAAAUGCAUGCCUGCUGUCCUGGGACAGGGAGAUACGAGAGGAAAUGACGGAAACGUUGGUCAAAGUGCCGGUUGCAUACUUCAAAUACACUAAUGAAUCUCUGCUGCUUUGGAAGAACUAUAUGCGGCACAGUUCAACCGCAGAUAACAACAACCGUGGAGACGGAAAUUAUAGUACGAUAUAUUAUGAUAAAAAACAUCAUGUCAAACAGACGUUAUCAUUACACACAGAUUGUGUGAUGUGCAGAUGCAGUCGAUAUGAUAUAUAUAGUAGCAUAUAUUACAUAGACGCAGUUGUACAUGUUAUUCUGUUGUUGGCACAUGGAUACACAGGCGUCAAAAAAGUAUCGAGAAUGUGGCUUUGUACCAACCACACGUAUCUUAGUUGUCCGCUCCGACCGAUACCCGCAGAAUGCAACGAACGUAUGUACCGUUUUUUUUAAAUAUUUAGAAUAGUUUUUAACCUAUUUAUGUUAGAAGACCUCAGCGUUACUGCUGUUUCUUUCAAUUAUGUGUUAUUGAAUUGUUAAUAUAAGAUAACUUCAGCGUUGAUUCAUAGCCUAGUAGCCAAAAACCUGCUGUAUAAAUACCAUUUGCACGGCUUUUAGCAUUUCAUUUUUCACGAAAAGGAGUAUAGCCACAAAUCGUUCGCUGCAAAGGUUUACACAAUACAAGGUACAAGCACAACGUCCUGAACACCAUACACUGAAUAAAGUCUGAGUCUACUCUCGGCCAGUUGAAUCAAGAUUAAUAUUUCAUAAUGCCUGUCGUCCUCUAUGUCUGGCGCGAUUUGAGCCGCUGUUUCUUUUAUAAGUGGGGUCAGGAUGCCUAGUCCAAAAUCGUCAUUUACGCCCAGAAAUCGUUACGACAGCAGUGUUAAAACUCCUACUUCACUCUGACGUCCUACCCACUGGUGGUUAUAUAAUUUUUUCCCAAAAAAUACACGUCAGGCCGCAAAGUUCUUUCCAUGACUCUGACAAAGGUUUAUCGAUAGGUGUGUGACUAUAAAUGUUGUUAGCUGAUAAGGUGCAGUAUUUGGGUUGUUCUCUGAUUUUUUCAAAGCCGUCGAGAUUCCUAUAAAGGAAUACAUAGUAUGUAUACAAUAAAUUACGUAUGUUCGGUAUCAUUAUACGAAUCAUAUAUAAUGAGAGGAUGCUCCACGUUUAGUAAGUAUCUGCACGUCGUAGGUAAACAAACGUAUUACUUAUUGGAGAAAACAUCGACCUACUACCUAUAAAAUGCAACGCCAUGCUGCUAAUUAUCCUCAUUAGACUGUACAACAAGUUCUACUUUUUCAUUAGAACGUAAGGUGGGUCACUUCGAUGUGAACUUGGCAACCAAAAAAAAAGUCAAUAAGGCCUAUCGUUUAUUCACCGCCUACCCGAUGCGCUUAGAGAUAACGUUGAUUUCGAUGCAUCUUUCAUAUCUCUUGCUUGCUCUUAACUUACCGACAAUUAGGCGUAAGGAAUAUAAAUAGUACAGCCUGCCACUUGAAAUUUAGACAUUGAAUGCAAUGCCAUGUGGCGCUAAGUACUUUAUAGUUAAAUAUACGUUGAAAACGCGUAGUACUUGCAUUCAAAGGACUAGUUUCAAGUGAGUUAAAUAUGCCUUCAGGCUAAGUGAAGAAUCAACUAUGAAACUUUUUUGAAGUCAUGCUUUCUUAAAAUCCCUAUCUGUGAACAAGAUCUGAGUCCAAUGAACAACUGUUUGAAUGAGCAAAACUAUGAGCUUAAUAAGGUUUUAUUUGUUUUCAGUGUCAACAAUGCGGGACCCUGAUACAUUUGAUGCGUCUAAUUAAUGUGUGAUCAUUAGCACAAAUAGAGUAAUAUACUGGAUGAUAACCUUUUAACGCAAAUUUUGAUACUUCAUUAGUGAUUUACUAUUUUGGCAGCGAUUUUGGUAUAAAAAGUAAUUUUCAGGUUACUCACGAUAAAGGUGCCGCUAGCAAUUUCAUCUCUUUACAUAAGUGCAUUUUAAAACCUUAUUCCCCUUCAGGGUCCAAGCAAUCAACAAAUAUUUACGCGCGGUGUCUCUAAUGUAUAUGUACUACCCUGUAAUUGUGUUACCUACCAACGUUUUGGGUGGUUUUGUAAAAAAUAGAAAACCUAUUUGCAAUAUAAAUUCAACAAAAUUUAUCACUAUCGUGAUGUAAUUGUCGGGUGUUGUGGGAUAAUCUUUGGUACAGCGUCUCAUGUUAUACAGGGGUUCUUCGUCAUCGAGCAAAUGUUACACAAUUAUUCUCUGAGUGCCAAAUAUCUCCAUCAUAAUCCCACAGAUUUUGUGAUAUUCAGCUACGAACAUUAAACUCCGAGCAGCUUACCACACAAGUACACCAAAAGCUUAGUCACAUCAUAGGUCAUACUUUUGGUCUGAUAACCGUAGUGGGGUUACGGUUGUUUGAUAAUCUUCGCAUUGAUUGAUGCAAUCUAGCCAUAUAUAUGCAUAUAUAUAUAUAUAUAUAUAUAUAGUAAUUUGCAGGUUUACAUCAUUUUCGUCAUUGAGCAUAAUACGAUGUAAAAAAUAAUUCUCACGCUACUCGCAAUGAGGCGCUAUCUAUAAAAAGUCCGGGGCAGAAGUUUCAUAGAAAUGCUUUCCUAAAUGGUCCUAUCUAGAUAUAUGGUCUCUUCGGCGGCUGAAGCUAAGAAGUAAAAACCUAUGCUACUCUGUUGAAACAAAACAGCUUUUAAUUUACUCCAGUGAAGCCUGGGACAUUUCUUCAAGUCUACGGCCGAUGCGCGCGUUACGAAUGUUUGUUCGCUUGUGCGCCAAAAGAACAUUCGACAUUGUGAAAUCAUGCAACAUUGAACACUAAUGAUGCCAGCACGCAAUGUGUGAAUAACACACAUGCCGUGACCAAUAAAGUUUCUUCUAUAAUGUUUUGGGUAUUCGAUAAAGACAGCUUGUAGUGGUUGAGCUCCUACCAUGUAUUUAUGAACGGGGUAUUUUUCGGCGGAAAUCAAUUUAUGGGAAACAACCUUAAUAGCGCAUACAUGACUCUCACUGGCUGUCGUCGGGCUUCGAAUAAGCACGACACCGUAGAACAAGCACCAUUUCUGCCUAAAUAACCAAUUUUGUUGUCACCGAUUUGAUGUAAAUGCAAUGAAUAACGUCAUAUUUUAUCCAUAUGCAUCAAGCUUGAAAGGAAUUCUACAGGUAACAUUGGCACCAAUAUGCUUGAGCAUGAUUAUAAACGCAGAAGUCUUUAUGGAAGUUGGUGUCGAUUGCAGUGUUCGGUGACGGUAGCGGACGUAAAAUUCAAAUCAUCGUAAAGGAUAUGAUAUAGAAUAGUUAUGGAACUAAAUAAAGCUCAUUACAAAACUGAACGUACUGUUUGUGAUGAAACACCUCUAACGCUUUAGAACAUAACCGUAGUAAUUACAUACCUACUUGUAAAUCAUAAAUUAGAAGUGAUACGAGAUGAGGCAGAACUUAAUGCUUAAUUCAAUUAACAUACUACAAUUAUCAAAUUGAGUCCAGGCUUCAGCGAAAUUGUCAAUGCGUUCAAAUUCUUUAACUUUUGUGAGAAUCAUGCUUUUGAAGGCACCUUAACUUAUAAUAAUCACCAUCAUCGUUGUACAGGUAUUAGAUUAGGUAAAAGGUUCCCCUUAUUUUUUGUAACUCCCCGAUUUAUUGUAAUGUUCGAUUAAACGAGCACAUCUUAGUCGAGGUGCUAUUCUUCGCUUCCUAUGACUUUUGCUUAUCAUUCUGAUAACUGAUACACCCCAGUGAAUAUGAAUGUUUUUGAUUUAGGAGCUAUCCAUUUGCGGACUUCAGCCUCUGUUCUGAAGUAUUUGUUUCCUUCGACAACUUGCAUUGACCGAAACACAUAGGUAAUAAUUAGAUAGAACGAUGUCCGGACUAUGAGUCGAGUGGAGUAAUUUAGCGGUUCGUUCCGUGGCUUAGUCAAACGAACUGACCUGCGCAACAGUCUCCUAUAGUUCUGUCCUGAGUUAGUAGUAGUCACAACAGUGCCCCACUAUAUACAGGGGUGCAAUCUUUAAUUAUAGAUGCUUCUUCAUAGUGACGAACUAGAGAUCUGUAUUUUAUCUUGCGUUUUAGGUUAUGAUUCAGGGCUGGGACCCAUCUUUCAUCGCUGCUAAUAGUUAUAUCCAUAUAUGACUUGUUCUUUUGUUGUGCGAGCAAUAAAGGGCAUAUUGCCAAACAGCCUCCUUGUCAUUUUCACUCUGUUCAUAGGGAUCCACCUUCCUUCCCUUUCGCGUUUCUCUUGUACAUAAAAACAAUUGAUAAUAAUUAUUUGAAUCAUUCCUAGCAGUGUGGAGAGCUUUGGAGUCGAGCGCGUCACAUUUUGUUCACGGAAUACCUGCAAUUUGUCGUCGUUCGGUUGUUAUGGCCGUCCGAGGCGUGGUUUGCCGUUCAAGCUGAAAUCCGCUGUUCUGAAGCGAUUAGACUUAGACUUGCAAGUGGUAGCGUUUUUUGCAGGUUGCCUUCGAUUUCUCAGAGAAUUCUUUGUGUCGAGAUAGUUCUCUCUCCAGCAAAGACAGUGUCGGAGAUUCAUAUUUUUGGGUUUCAUGACUGAACCCACCGAAUCACCAUUUCAAAGGAAGCAAUAGCGCGCACGCAGACAGUCAAAACAAUCAUUCUGGUAAGUUGCAGCUGAGGGCUAAAGGUUUUAGCUUUGCGUCCGAUGCGGCUAUUUAGCAUUCUAUCGGACGAUUGCUUCUAAGCGCGAAACGAAGUGUGCUCACGCAGUGGGAGCUUCCAGUUAAAUACGAUCAGCCAGUUCAACACUAGCACCAUCCAGUGGAAAGUUUUUGUUUAACCAAAUAUUACCAAUAACAGUACAACAAUGAAAAAAAAUCACCGAAAUCGACUCUACGAGGCGGUUGACUACACGAAGCUAAAUAGGAAAUUAUGUUUCUACUUAAAUUCAGAAUCGUUUGCAACAUUCAUAGUCAAAAUAAAAGCGGCAAUAUAUCCUACAAUACAUCCCUAAGAUGUUCUUGGCGGGAGCGCUACAACAGAUAAAACAGAUAAGUAAUAUAUUUAUUCACACAAA